AUGGUCAGUUUUAAGAUUCUGAUGAAAAACCUGGCUGAUGAUGGUCUUGCGAAUGAGGAUAGUAUCAGUCGACUGCCAGAUGAUUUGCUGUCAGAUGUCCUUUCACGUUUGGACCUGAUAGAGGCCGUUGGGACAAGAAUUUUGUCAAGAAGGUGGAAAAAUGUUUGCAAAGUUAUGUCUGAACUCCACCUAGAUUGCCUUGACAUGUUUAGGCCUAAUUGCUCUCACGAUAUGGGUAGCCAUCGGGUAAAGUGUAGGUUUUUGGAAGCUGUAGAUCAGUCUUUACAGCUUUAUUCAGAUCAAAGCAUAACUUAUUUGAGAAUUUCAUGCUGUUUCAUGAAAGAAUUUGAGCCCAAAUUCACUCAAUGGAUGCAGGUUGUAGCUACUUUAGAUGUUCAGGAACUUGACCUCAAAUUUAUCUGUUCUUCUUUGCCUCUUUAUGAAUGUGUAAAAUCCAACAUGGGUGAGCUUUUCCCUGUCUCAUUUCAGCUUCUUACUGCAGUAGCUACAAUGAAACAUUUGCGCUUAUUGGCUUGUUCUUUGCAACCAAGUUUCCCUACCCAAUUUAAUUCCCUUGAGGGCCUUUAUUUAGACUUGGUUCACCUGAGUGAUGGAGAAUUACCGAGAAUGUUGUCCUCUUGUGUUAACCUUCAGACUCUUAGACUCGGAUUUUGUAAACUUACUCCUAAGCUUUCUAUCUCUGCUCCGUGUCUCCAAUUGAAGUUUCUGUAUGUUCAUUCCUGUCCUGGUUUGGAGGAGAUUGAUAUCUCAUAUCUGUGCUGGCAACCUGCUUACUUUUUCUUUCUUUCACAAUGGCCCGAUAAAGUUUUCGCUCUGUGUUCCCAAACUAGAAGAUGCACGCAUCACCUUCACUGGCAAUGGUUCCAUACCUUAUUUUUUUGGAGAAGUUCUGAAGGACUGUCCUAA